AUGAAAAAGCUGUCUCAAAUCUUAUAUCAAUAUAGAAGUAACAGAAGCAUAUACACAAGCAUGCUACUGCAGGAGGUCUGCUUCCCCCAGGCUGCGUAUGGGCCGACGGAGAUCCAGAAGACGAAAAUGCUUAACGGCAUCAAGAUCGUGGCGGCGAGGGUCUCUGGAGCACUGAUGACUGCUUGCACCAUUAUGUUCCAGGCGGGUUCCCGAUAUGAAACAAAUGACGACCUUGGCGCCACCCACUUCAUCCGCGCCAUGUCCUCUGGAUCUGGAAGUAAUUCAACCGCCUUCGCGAAACUCCGAGUAUUGCAGCAGCAAGGGGCUUAUUUAACCUGUACGUCGGACAGGCAGACCAUUGCCUUCACGCUAAGAUGUCCUACACCCCUAUUUACCACGCUGAAAGGUUAUUUGAUGGAUGCUGCAGCGAGAUGUUCGUACCACGAAUGGGAAAUAGAUGAUCGGAGGAUGUUAAUAACAGGUGAUCUAACCAGAAUGCCUGCAGAACAGCGCGUAUUAGACUUAGUUCAAAACGCAUGCUGGGCCGGCCCACUGGCCAACUCUAUGUUCUGCGAAAAGGAAAGAAUUGACAGCAUUACUUCGGAUACGUUGAUGAAUUAUGCAGCAUUGAACUUUAAGUCCAUUCACUGUGCUGUGGCCUCUGUAGGCAUACCGUUUGAGGAAACCAUUGAGCUGGCCGAAAUGAUUGACUCUAGGGUCCGAGCCACGUCUGAACAAUGCCACCCUCAACCUUGCUUUCGCAGUGGUAUUGAGACCCACGACCUGGGCCCCGGCAGCGACACCUGGAUAGCGGUAGCUGUGCGCGGCUGUGGAACUAAUAAUGUUAACAAUCUUUUUAGACAUGCUAUAGUAGCAUCGGCGUGUGGCACCGGCAACAUGACUCAGGGGCAGCACAGCUUGGAUCGAACUCCUCAAGGACCGAACGGAAUGUUGUCCCAGGGCGAUCUCUUUGCUGAUUACGGAGCGUUCAACAUCUCCUAUGCGGACACUGGUAUUUUCGGAGUAGUUGCUAAAUCUAAAGCAGCCACAGCCUGCCACGUCGCCUACCUCGCAUCGGAUUUCCUGGCUAACGUUUCCAAACUGAAUUCACAACAUAUUGAAGAUGGAAAAAAGAGACUGCAAUUAAGUCUCGCGUUACACGACGAGGACUCCGUAAAGGCCUCGCAAGGCCUCGCCUUGCAGGCCCUCAACUGCACAUCCAUAGACACCGCAGACAAAUCCAUCGCUAUGGUCGACGCUAUUCCCAACGAAGAUGUCGCUGCCGCUGCGGAAACGCUGGCGGCUAACCAUUUACGGCUCGUGAACUUAAAGACCGCUCUAAAUACCUUAAAGGAGAACAAAACAACAGCGCAGUUGAAACCAAAAAUAGACGUAAUAUCGAAAGCGAAAAAUUUGACUUUUGCUCCUAGAUGUAUUAAUUUUGAGAUCAAUGAACAGCCUAAUGGGGUAAAGAGAAAGCAAGAUCCUCUAUCCUACAUACCUAUAAUAAAUCCCCGGUCUAUCUUACCUUUGAUUGACACAAAUUGGAAGAAGGAUGAGAUCGGUUUACCCGCACUGCAACAAGAAGAAAAGCAGGCAGUCCGUCUGAUUGUAAUUCGUAGGAAAAAGAUGAAAAAGCAUCAGAGGCACAAGCUGUGGAAGAGGAUGAGAUAUCGCUGGGCCAGGGUUAAGAAAAAUCGCCGCAUAAAAAAGGAGAAGAUCUUUCAAAAUGAGCUACUAGCAAUGGUGAAGCAGGCCAAUGAGUUCUCAGCAGAGCAAUACGUAUCAGGCAAGCUGCAGAAGGCCAACCAUACACCGCUGCCCACUCGCUGGCGUCACAAGAGACUACCAGAGUUCAUUAUAAGACAACUACUGGGCAUUGAUAAGAAGAUCAACUACAAACACACUGAUGUUUAUAAAGCUUGAAUUUGUAGAUUUAAUAAUAUAAUAUUAUAGUACUGUU